AUGAUUGAAACGCAGUGGUCCACUACGUCAUUGACCGCCACUACUACGGUAACAAACACAACUACCGACAUUAUCAAAGACACUGUCACCGAUACUACUACAGUCACGAACACAACUACAGCUAUCGUUAUGGAUACUAUCACGGACACCACUACCGACACUACAACUGCUACGAAGACAAUUACUGUGCCGACGACCAUCACAGAAGCCCCAAAUCCCUGCCCGACUACAUGCAGCAUGUCUGUUGGAACCGUCAAUUUGUUUUACUGGCCAACGAAUCAGCCGCACCACGUUUACCCAUCGACUUACGUGAAUUCACAUCUCAGUCAAACUUUCACGUCACCCUCAGUGUACAUGAUCGUUGACUAUCUCUAUGGAUACAACACCGCUGGUCAGACUGGGCCCUCUGGCACCAGCGUCGUGUUCCCGCUUGAUCUAAAUCAAGUCUCGACUAUAGAUCUUACCAACUCAGCUACUCGCCAGCUGACCUUGAAUGAUCUUGGAACAGACUGCCCACAGAGUGAAGCUCCCUCGGCUAUCGCAACGGCGACACCCAACUCCCGCUGUGAUCCUAUUCUGGUAGCUCCAGAGCCCGUCAAAUCAUGGGCUUCGCCUUGCAACGCAUGCGGCAACUUUGGGCUGUUUGACCCUCCCUAUGCUGUAGGGCCGAUCACCGGAGGUUUGGUGCCGAUGACGACGACUGUCGCAACCUCUUCGGAAAUACAGGCUACCUCGAGCACAACAUUGCUUUCUGCCGCCGAAGCCACUACUACUGCAGCAGAAUCUACCACGGUUGCGACUACCUCGGAAAGUUCUUCUUCGGGCGAGGAGACUAGUUCGCCUGUUAUGGAAACCAGCUCUACGCAAACUGAAAUUGCUUCUUCCGCUACAGUCCCAACGCCAGUUUCACCGAGCACUGAACUGGGUGUCACUUCUUCGUCAUCUAUCAGCUUGGUCUCUAGUCCAGCGACUACCUCUCCGAUAUUUAAUUCUGCGACCAAAGGAAGUUGUCUUAGUGUAUCUCUAAGCUUAAGUUUCCUUACACUGGCACUUCUGUUAUAG